AUGCUGGCAGAGGGGAUCAGAGUUCAGCAAACCGGCAUCAUGGAAAGUAGCCCAGUGGAAGAAAUGAAGCCUGAAAGCUCCAGCGAGCCCUUGCUGGAUGGAGGGUCUGACAGCCAAAUUCCAGGAACAAGUGUGACUCCCUGGCUGCUGCGUCGUGGUCGUCAGCCAGGAGUGGAGGAGCCGAGGAAGCCGGAUGCCACAAAACCUGAGGAGGCCCUCGAGGCGGGUGUACAGAUUCUGCCAGAGAUGGGAGCAGCUGUUGCCGGGAGUCGCCCCAGCGAAAUGGCCGACCGCAGUGUGUUUACCAGGAUGGUGGAACAUAGCAACUCCGAGGAGCUGCGCUGGUGCCUUCUGGGUGCUGUGAUUUUCUUGUUGGCCUUUGCUUUGUUGGGCGUGGUUUCAAGAAGUGUGCCAGUUCAUCGGCUGAGCAAGGUGGCGGAUUUGCAUCACGCAGUCACUCAUGGUGGACCUGUGCAUGUGGCGUCCGCCAGGCCUCCUAUGUUUGACCAGCCAGAUUGCUUCAGUGAGAACCGGCAACUGUGGGAGCCAGCCAAGAAGAUCUGGUGCUGUCGCGAAGCCGGCAUUGGGUGCUCCUUGACCUCCAUGCCUUUCAAUUGCCAUGAAAACUUGGCGAACUUUCGGCUUGAGUGGUCGCAAGAGAAGCAGGAAUGGUGCUGUGCCGCUGCACAGGUCGCUUGUGGCUGA